AUGGGUAAAAAGGAAAAGGAAUCAAAAAAGGUUUCGAGUUCCGUCAGUGAUGAGGAGGAAGCAUCCAGCUCGCAAGGGAAAUCCAAGCCUCGCGUAAAGUUCGCGGAGAGUGAGCUCGAAGCGAAAGCUGCCGAAAAAACCACACCAACUGACAAAGUUAAGCCCACUAUUGUGGAGGUUGAGACUGAAGUUCGAGGAAAAAGGAAACGAAAACGUCUGCAUAAAAAUAAGCUGAGAAAACAGCUUGAAAACCUGAAGAAACCCAAACUUGAUGUUGUUACGCCAGAAGUUGGUGCGAAGACGUUCAAUGAUUUUGACAUUGAUGAGAGAUUACUCAAGGCAAUCGGUAACAUGGGUUGGAAAUGGCCGACGCAAGUACAGGAAUCUAUUUUCGACCUCGUUUUUGAAGACAAAAAUGUCCUUGCGAGAGCUCGAACGGGAAGCGGCAAAACAGGAGCUUAUCUGAUUCCUAUUGUUAACAAAGCUAUCAGCUAUGUAACUACAAUCUCCAGUGAGCCAAAUGGUCCGUUUGCCUUGUUCAUUGCACCUACUAAAGAGCUUUGCGUACAGAUCAACGACCUUUUGUUAAAACUACUUCAACCGCUUCCGUUCUUGCGAUCCCUCAAUUUAGCAGAUUUGACUUCAGAAGAGCGAUCGGUUUGGGAGAAUGAUACAGCCAAUUUCGUUGUUUCUACACCUGGAAAAAUACUGGAAGUUCUGGCAGUCAGACGGAAUUUUUGCGGAGACGUACGUCACCUUGUUCUCGACGAAGCAGAUCUUUUAUUAUCCUUUGGUUAUGAAGAAGAAAUGAGCUCUCUAAAGAAAUACCUCCCAGUCAAGUAUCAAUGUAUAUUGACCUCAGCUACUAUUACGGACGAUAUGAGCUCGUUGAAAAGCCUCUUUAUGACAGGACCAGUUCUCACACUUAAGUUAAAGGAAGGGGACCUACCUGAUGUCGAUCAGCUAACGCAGUACCAAAUAACAUGCUUGGAUGAUAAUGAACGAUUCGCCAUACUCGUUGCGAUGUUUAAAUUGCGUCUAAUAGUUGGCAAAACGAUAAUUUUUGUUAACGACACUAAUAGGUGCUAUAAGACCUCGCUGGUUUUGCGGUCGUUUGGAUUGAAAUCUGGUAUUUUGAACUCUUGUAUGCCGGCUAAUUCGCGUUUCUAUGUAAUCAAUCAGUAUAAUAAUGGCGCAUUCGACAUAGUCAUAGCCUCUGAUGCUACUGAUGCCAUUGAAGAAGAAGAGCCUAAACCGAAACAGCCCUCUCGUCGCGACAAGGAAUCAGGUGUUUCUCGAGGAAUCGAUUUUCACCAAGUUGGAAAUGUAAUCAAUUUGGAUUUCCCCACAUCUACUGACAACUACAUCCACCGCGUAGGGAGAACAGCGAGAGGUCGCAACAAAGGCACAGCCUUGUCUUUCUGCACCCCACCGGAACGAGUAUAUUUGGACACUGUCCAGGAGGAAAUAAAUACACAGAUGGGCCGCAAAGUGAUAGUUCCCUAUGAGAUCCGUAUCAAUGAGCUGGAUUCCUUUGUUCUGAGAGUGAAGGAGGUGCUCUCAAAAUGUGGCAAAACGGUUAUUAAAGCGGCUAGAAUGCAAGAAAUAAAACUGGAGAUGAUGAGAUCGGCAAAGUUACAAUCGUACUUUGCAAACAAUCCUAGAGAAAAGAUUCUGAUGGAGACGAGCACACGCCCAACCACUCUAGCAGUACAUUCGAAUUCCAUAGCCGAUGUUCCUGAGUAUAUGGUUCCAAAAUCCUUACGAGGGAUCAAUUAUUCUGUUAGUCGAAAGAAGAAGUCAAAACCUGGCCAGAAACAUCGGCGUAAGCUUCAAGGAAAGUCCGCCGGUCAGAAGGUCCAUAACCGUCAGAAAAAUGAUCCGUUACGAAGUUUUAAAAUAUAA